CCUGGCUUGGCCUCCAGUGAAGCCCUCCUAAGGCUCGGCCCACUCUUCUGAGGAGCAUACUUAGGCCGAGAGCUCUGAAUGACUUGUUUGAGGUCACUGGACAGAAGACUAUUCUGCUGGAUGUUCCUAUCCCUUCCCUGACAAGAAGCUGCUCCUCGGAUGAAGUUCUACAUGGUCCCGAGGACCCACAGGGAAGAAGAGUUCCAUCCUCAUACAGCCAAGGACAGCUUUCUGAAGUGGCCUUUGCUUUCCCAGAAGCUGGGGACUCUUGGGGCAUCUCCCUCUGUGGCCUGGUCUGAUUGUAUCAAGGAGCCAAGCCCCUACAUGAAGACCUGCAGCCUGCCCGUGUGGUCCCCAUGCUUGGACACCAGGGAUGCGAACAGCUCAGUGUCAUCUGGCCGACUCUCUGGCUCCUCAGGCGGGCAUGAUUCAUGCGCACUUUUCCAUGGGCCCUGGAAAGAAAGGCCACCCCUGGUGUUGGGGCCCCAGCGUCAGCCCAGGAAGAGCAACCCUCGUCUGGAGCAGUUGAGGGACAAGAUCCGGGCCCAGGCACAGUGGCAGGCUAGCUGUGCCUCCUUGGGCACCUCUGUCCCCUCUAGUGCCUCGUGCCUCUACAAGACCUCCUCGACAGGAUUCCGGAGGAAGACCCCGAGGAUGACAAAUGACCUUCCGGUGGCUGCUUGCCCAGGCAUCCUUCGUGCAGCUGAACAUAGAAGCAAAGACCAGGCACCUCUCAGCUUGAGACGGGAGCUCUCGAGGAUUCCCCAGCACCAUGCUUCAGUUCCAAGGACAAACAUCAAAAGGAUCAGAAGUGCUUCUUACAAAAGAGAAACUCCAAAGUCAUCUGUCCCCCGCAGAACUGUCAAAGGCAGAGAUUCUGAGUUGACUGGUGUGUACGCCUGGAGGAAAGGACAAGCCCUGGUGAGGCGGCUGCUUGGGCCCCCUCCUGCCCUCUCCCGGCUCCAGAGCAAGGCCCCCGCCACGGAAUUAGGCUCUGAUAAGGAAGCAGGAACCGUCGGGGACACAUCUGUCCACACCUGGUUCUCUAAGCUUCCCUGUGCCCGUGGUGACCAGCAGGUUUCUGAGCACACACCCAACCUAGCUUUCCAUGAUCAGUCAGGAACUAUCCAGGGUGCCAUUGAGAUCCUACAAGACCUGCGCCAGCAAAUCCAGACUGGUCUGGAGCUUGCCAGGCGCCCCAGGGUGGCAAGGAAGCUCUCGUCAUCAAAACCAAAGCCACAAAACCUGGCAGGGAAGAGCCAGCAGGGACUCCAGAACCCCUGGGACAUUCAGGCCUCCCCAAAGAGUGCUUGGACUGCAACAGAAGGGAAGUGCUCUUCCUUGGGCAGGGCUGGAAAUUUGCACAGCCAGCAACACUGGAAGAAAGCGGCGGCUGAGCAGGAGUCUUGUCCACAGAGAGCUUGGGCAGCACAGGGACAACACACCUCCUUCCAGAGGCCUGGAAACACCCCAGAAAAGCCAGGCUCCUUCUCCCAGCGGCCCUGGAGUGCCGUGGCUUGGCAAACCAGUCCACAGAGGGCCUGGGAAAAUCUAGGACAGGAUCCCUCCUUCCAGAGGUCUGGAAGCCCCCCUAAAAAGUCAGGCCCCUUCUCACAGCGACCCUGGAGCGCUCUGGCUAGCCAAGCUUGUUCACAGAGGACUUACACAGCUGGUACAGACUGGGAGGUUCCUGGGUACAGCCCAUGGAGCUCUGUGGCAAGGGUACAUCCUGUUCUCCAGCAGCCCUGGAGUAGCCCCUCUGUUCAGAGUCCCUACAGUAAGGAAAAAAGUGCUGGCCUUCCUCCUUCAAAAGUCAAGCCAGCUUGGCCAGAGCCUGCCCAGGACUUCCCUCAGAGCAAACCAGCAAAGGAGCAAGACACCCUGGAGACCCCACCCUGUCCAAGGCCACGGCAGCCUCUGGGCCAGCCACGUAACUCUGAGUCCUUGCGUGACUUCAUGCGCCGGAAGGCCCAGGCCCGACGCCAACAGGCCAUGGAGCAGAAGACCUUGGCUGCACACACUCUGGAGCUGCGGAACCAGAGGCUGCAGGAGCUAUAUCGGAAACAGCGAGAAGCCAUCCUGGGCAAGGCUGUCCCUGUGGUUUCCCAGAGGAGCCCUGGCAUCGUCACCUUUGUUCCCAGUUCCGUACAGUCUGAGGACCUGGAAGCCCCCGGGAGUCUCGGGUCACCACUGCAGAAGUGGAGCAAGGUGACAUCUGGCAUGGUGCUUGGGAACCAGGAGGCUCCAGACAGCUUCUGUCUGUGUUUGAACAAACCAUGGAACCGUGCUGAGACCCAGAACACUGGAUGCCCCCGGGAAGGCUACAAGCAGGCCCGGCUGCAGGCACUGGAGACCAUGGCCGAUGUCCUCAAGCAGCGUAUCGACAUCCUAACCACCAAGUUACACAAGUCGUCAUCGCCGGACACAGCUGGUGACCUGGCGUCCGACAUGCCACCCUUGGGCCCCAGCACAGCACCUACCACCUCCACUCUCACGCCUCCCUCUUACCUCAGAAGUUUAGUGUCUGACGGGAGCAGAGGAACUCCCCAGGACUGGGUGGACACUCAGGGCAAGCCCCUUCUCCCCAGCACCUACGUCCAGGACAGCCCCAGCUGGAAACCUCUGAGCUCAAACCUGGGGACUCACGUUGAGAGCCAGCCCCAAGGUCCUGUAUCCAGCACCCCUGCCUCAGAGUCUCAGGUUCAGCCUUGCCUUGUUGGCUCAUCAAGUCGUGGCGCCCUUUCCAAAGGUGCCAUAGAGGAGAGACACCGGGAGCUGGAGAAGAAGCUGCAGAGAGAGAUGGCUACUCUCCAGGCCCUCGGUGCCUGCAUGAGGAGCUCACUUGGGUUACCAGCUGCACCAGCCCCCACCUGUGGCUCCCUUUGGCAGGAGGAGAAACUGGGAAACAAAAAGGCAGGCUUGGUAACACCCUGGACCACCCAGAGCUGCGGUCAACAGGAGCCCAAGGGGCCACAUUCUGGAGGGCACCUGACCAGUUUCCAGCUGAAAUCCUUGCACUUUCUCCAGUCACUGAAGCUGGACCAGCAGAAGCAGGAGCAGGCGCUGGCCCUUCUGAGACAGCGGGCAGAGCAGGAGGUAUGGGAGACGCAGAUGGCGCUAGAUGAGCUUGUCUUCAAACACCAGCUGAAGCAGCAGAUGGAGAAACCCCUAGUCCAGCAAAAGCCAGAAAAGGCUUUGAAGCUGGAACAGCAGCAGACGUGUGGUGGCCUAGAGCUGAGCACACCGUCUCUCAACACAGUGACGACCAGAUCUAGAUCACCACCCUUCCCACAAAGAGACAAUGCAGAGUCUUUGAAGCAUCCUGAGGAGGCACGGUCAGCUUCUGCAGGACCCCACCAAGGCCUGUUUUCUGUCUUGGAGCCGGUGCAGCAGGACCCAGCCCCCUCCCAGCUGGCUCUAACCAAGUUCUUCCCUUCAGACAGAACCACCUACAAGCGGGACAUAGAGAGACCAGAGCCAGGAACAGAAAGGUCCAGGACCUUCCACCGCUUCACUAUUGCGAUGCUGGAGCAGAGUCUGAGAGACGAAGAGCUGCGUGCCCAGCACCAGGCUGCAGUUCUCCGACUGCGUGAAAUGGCGCUGGAGGAAAAAGCCCGUGCGGAGCUGGCCUGCCUGGAGCAUCAGAUAGGGUGUCUGGGGCUCAAGGGGCGCGAAGCGGCACGGGCCACUUUGUGGGAAAAGCAACAACAAGCCCUCAGUAGGCUUGAGAAGGAACGGAGGGAAAUCCAGUACCUGAAGAAGGUGUAUGCGUCCCUGCACCGUGACAGAAAGCAGCUCCUGCAGCACCAGCAGUCUAUCCUCGAUGUGCAGAGGUCCGUGGCUCACUUGCGUCAGGAGCUCCAGGCCCGGACCCAGCAGCUGCAGAGUUCCAGCUCCAGCGUCAAGGUCGCCUGGGAAGGGGUCUCUGACACACAUCAGAAAACAGAGGAACAUGGACCUGGGAGCCCCCAAAGCCACAACCCCCAGGAACUCUCAGACAGCUUGAAAGUUUCAGACCUUUCUCCAGAGCAGAAGGAAGUGACACCUCCCCAGGCAACUUCAGCUGCAGAUAAGCUCCUGCAGCCUCAGACGCUGAAGUGGGCAGGUGUCACACCGGGGACUGGAAGCCCAUCUGUGGAGAGUGGACAUGACAGCCAAGGACCAGGAAAACAGCCUUGUGUCUCUCCCCCUGGUCUGCUGCACUCGAGCUCCCUGGACUCUGAACAUCAUAAACACUCAGCCUUUUCUGUCGAGAAAGAUGGUAACCCGGUCUCUCAGCUGAAGCCACAGGAGGCCAAGGAACUGCUUCUUCCAGGCCACCUACAGACCAAGCCCAGUGCAGCCUGGGUAGUGGAGAGACAGCCUACGGACAGCCAUGCUUGGAGCUUGCAUGGACCAUGUGGAGAGACCCUAAGUGAAGAAGCCAGAGUGGCUGAAAAAAGAACAAAUCAAGGCCUGGAUGUUUCCAGAAGCCCAAAGGGGGAACCCCAGGAAGAGGCACACUGGAAGUCAGAGCAGCAAAGGAGACGAACCUCUCAGCAGGAGAACCCAGACAUCCCCUCCACCCACCUGGAAGCUGACCAGGAGGCUGCUUCCCCAGCUCCUGUGGCCAGCGAGGAGGAGGCACAGCCUGCCUGGCACCUAGACAGCCCUCCGUCCCAGCCUGCUGCCAUCUUGGACACAAGUUUUAAGUCUGCUUCUAGAAGCUGCUCAGGGUCUUCGGAAGCCCCUGCCUUAUCCCUCACCCCCUCAGCGGGCUCAGCAAGUAGUCUUUCCUGUUCAUCUCUCCAGGAGUUCCAGAAAGCCACGGCCACCCUCGUCCAUCUUUCUAACAGCUCCACAUCCCUGUCUAGCUUGGAAGCUGAAGAUACCCUGCAUGCAGACCCCAGCUGGUCUAGGGAGCUUUCUGCUCAUGAUUCCUGGGAGGAACCCGGCCUGCCUGCCUUCUGGGGCCCCCAGGGACUUCCUCAGCUGGAGGGGGCUCCUGGGGAUGUAGGUCCAGUGACCCUACAGAAACUGGAAGGCAUGGGGACCAGACUCCUGAGUGGCUUCUCUGAGGAGGCAGCUGUGGCAGGAGACUUAGAGCCAGGGUACAACUUACUUCAGGCAGGCUGGCCAUUGUCAUUCCCACGUGCCCCUUCUCCAAGACUGGGGUCCGAGUUGUCAGAGUCCUCCAGCCAAAUCUGGGAUGAGAACAAUGAGGAGAACCUUGAAGAACCUAGCCCUGGUGUUGAGCCACCUUCAGGGAGUUCCUUGCCUGCACGUGGUUCCCUGGACAUGGAAGACAAUGGAGCGUCCUAUGCCACUCAUACCUCCCCGGGAUCUGGGGAGGAACAAGAAGCUUCCAGAACCUGCAGAAGCCCGACUGGGACAUCGAAUACAGGGAAAACCAUGCAGAUAUCUCCUGUGGCCACCUUCACAGUGCUCCCACAUCAGACCCCUUUUACUAAUGACUCAACUCUGCCACUGUCCUUCUGUUUGGACACGUCCACCUCGGAAAAAACAGAUCCCAGUAAAGAAAAUAUGCCUCCUGAGGAACCACAGGAUGCUGACACUGGUCCAUUCAUACAAAAGAAGCCCCUACAGGCCUUGCCUGACCCUAAGGCCACCAUGACCCCGAAGGCUCCUUCUGAGGACAAAGCUCCCCUUGUCACAGAGGUAGCCAGUCCCUCAUAUAUAGAAGGCUUCCUGACUGAAAUACUGUCUCCUGUGGAUGAGGCGCUGUCUUAUGGCAGUGGGGACCUUCCAUCCUCCAUCCACAGGGACGCUCAUCUCCCUCCGCCUCCUCCAACUCCCCAAGCAAAGAGUGACAUAAAUGAGCCCAACCCCAGCUCAGAAGACUUCCCUUCUCCGCCUGAGGAGGCCAUGUUUCCAGGUGACUCCCUGGACACCCUAGGAGAGGAUAUGUCCAUUACUGCUGAGGAUAUGUCCUCCUUAUCUGAGGGGGCUCUGGAGGAAGCCCCUUUUCAGGAUCCCCAGAAGUCAGGGCACUGCCUCGGAGCAUCUGGGCACGGUGGUAGCCUGGAUGACUCAAGUUCAAUACCUCCCUUGAGUAAUUGGGUGGUCGGUGCCCCUGAGAUAUCCCCAAGACUGUCAGCUCAGCCCCUGAGUCCAUCCCCAAUGGCUUGUGCGGCCAGAGAGAAUCUUACAGAGGCCUCAGGCAGUCAGGGUAGACCCUGGGAAGCAGUGCGGUGUUCUGAGGGUGCAGAGCACCAGCAAGGAAUAGAACACCUCUUAGACAGAAGGGCAGCCACAUCUUCACCCCCCUGGUUUGGACCCUCUGAAAGCCCGCCCGGAGGCCCAGUGCCCUCGGUGGUCGGUGGCCAGGCUGAAUCCCUUAAACACACUAGUGCGAAGACAGAAGGCCAGAGCUGCUGGAUAGAGAACCAGCCCAUGCUCCAGGAUUUGUUGGACAGACAGCAGCUCUAUAGGAGAGACUGGGCUUUUGGCCCUGCCUCUGGUGCCUGUGUUGAUUUUCCAGGGACAGGAGAUGCUGGGCCACUGGAUGUGGUGUCCACCCAGCUCAGCAGGAGGAUCUUAUGUGAUUCUCUGGCUGCAGUGUCAGGGCUGGCCCCUAGAGACAGCCCCUAGGCGAUAGGAACUCAUAGCCAUCUGACAUGAGACUGUGGUGUGUGUGUGUGUGUGUCUGUCUGUCUGUCUGUCUAUCCUUUCUGUACAAGAACCUGACUUGAGGGACCAGGUCUCCCCAUUGUGGACUGUCAUACAGAAUGUUCACGCUGCCUCUGGCUGGCAGGAUGGUUAUCUGAAGCAGUCUGUUGAUCUCAUGGGUGAGAAUCUAUCAUGCCCAUUACAGGCUGGCUCUGUAUUUCCCUGGGCAGAGUAUCCACUUUCUAUCAGGCUCUUGAGGGGUCCUAACCUCAGAGAUUGAGGCAUGUACAUCAAAGGCUACGUGGGAUGGUGUCUAAUGGCUGGCCAAGGAAAGCCCAGGAGGUCAGAGGUUAGGCAGUGUGGGAGUCAGUGAGACCAAGGGGGAAAAUUAGUGUUGGAGACCACGGGGAGGGGGGAGUGACUAGAGUGCAUGGAGGAACUGUCCAGGGCUUUGUCUCAGCCUGUGAAUGCCCAAUGUUCAC